CGCGGGGUAGCGGCUCGGCGGAGCCGGCGGCCGCGGGGAGCUGCGCGUAGCCGCGCUGAGGCGUCGCGUCCUGUCCCGCCUCCGCUGCGGAGCGCUGCGUGGCGGGCACCUGGAGAGGCGGAGGAUAUUAUCAGCAUUUUGAUGGUACCUCUGGCAGGCAUGAGUCCUGUGAGCCUAUUCUGAGUUGUGGAGGUGAAAUGAGAUCAGACAGGAAGUUGAGGAGAGAUGCUUGUACAAUGAAAAUGGUCAUUACCAGCAGCUCUGAUAACCUGCCUUGAUAGUGAUCUUGGCUGAAUGACUGAAUGUGAAACGGUCACGAAGACUGUUCUCUCUGUGUCUUAUGAGUUGUCAAGUAACAGCUGCUGUGGGCUGUGAUCUCUUGAAGCCCAGCAGGAUUCUGGAUUGCUGAGGUUUCUGCAGCAGGGCUGGUCCAAACUGAGAACAGCUCAUGUUGCUACAUGGACAUGAAGCCUUUUGGGAAGGCUUUCAAGUGGAAGAGCUAGUAGACUGCUUUGAAGUCAACACGAACUUCUGUGACAAAAAGAACCUGGAGGACCUGUGAUAGGGAGCAAGUGUUUUCAGAUACCUGAGCUAAAUCUUAGCAGUGCUUUUCUGCCAUCUGCUGCAGAGCAGAAGAUUAUCAGACAUGUCAAUAGCACUGAAGCAAGUCUUUAAUAAGGAUAAGACUUUUCGUCCAAAACGCAAGUUUGAACCUGGAACCCAGAGGUUUGAGCUACAUAAAAGAGCUCAGGCCACUCUGCACUCAGGUGUGGACUUGAAAGCAGCUGUACAGUUGCCCAGGGGAGAAGACCAAAAUGACUGGGUGGCUGUCCAUGUUGUUGACUUCUUCAACAGGAUCAACCUCAUUUAUGGAACUAUCUGUGAGUUCUGCACAGAGAGGACCUGCCCAGUGAUGUCUGGAGGCCCUAAGUAUGAGUACCGGUGGCAGGAUGACAUGAAAUACAAGAAGCCUACAGCGCUGCCGGCACCGCAGUACAUGAAUCUCCUCAUGGACUGGAUUGAGAUGCAAAUCAACAACGAGGAUAUAUUUCCUACAAGUGUAGGUGUUCCCUUUCCAAAGAACUUCCUUCAGAUCUGCAAGAAGAUACUUUGCCGGCUUUUUCGGGUGUUUGUUCACGUCUACAUUCAUCAUUUUGACCGUAUCAUCCUCAUUGGGGCCGAGGCCCACGUCAAUACCUGCUACAAGCAUUUUUAUUACUUUGUGACAGAGCUCAACCUGAUAGACCGCAAAGAACUAGAGCCUUUGAAGGAGAUGACAACCAGGUUGUGUCACUGAAGAGCCACUCACGGAAGAGAACAUGUCCAGUUUCAUCCUUGCUGCAGAGUUCCAGAACAUGGCAGCCUUUGCAGAAUGCAUCUGCUUUCAAUCCAAGAAAGCAGAAAAGAUGGGAACUGCAGUUACUUUCACAAAAGUUUUCCACUACUGUCAGUGUUCCUAACCCAGAGAAUGCUGCUAGGAACCUCAUCCAGCCGACAUGAGGGAAAGAAGAAUCGACUUCAUAUUAAUCCUAGCUUCUUCAUUAAGGCUAAGAACCUCUUGAGGCGCACGUAAUGACUGACCAUGUUCCUGCUGCUAAAGCCCUCUGAAAUUCAGGUCCCUGGGCUGACCUCCGGAUCCACUGUAUUCAAAUGAAACUAUUACUAGCUGCAAUGUUGUUUUCUUUUUAUUUUGCUCCUCAGUUUAUGCUUUGUUUCCUAAAUGAAGUGGAAUAUCAAGUCAGUCUGGAGUUACAGAGAACUUACCUGAACAUCUCCCAUCCAUCACCAGACCACUCAAGGCUUGGCUGCUGUUCCCAAAUGCCAGAGAGCCUUGUGUUUCCACAAACACAGCCCCGUCCUUUUGCUGACCGUAGAAUUGCAGAAUUGUUUGUGUUGAGAGGGACAUUGAGAGUUCAUGUAGUCCUACUCUCCUGCAAUCAAAAGGAACAUCUGCAAGGACAUCAGGUUACUUCGAGCCCGAUCUAGCCCUGACCUUGCUGACCUCAUCAACAGCUUGUGCUUCAUUGCAAUGCCUAAUGGGGUGAUGGAGGGUCAGCCUCUGAUCUCAGCUACAGGAGCUCCAGACACAGCCCUGCAAUGUUGAUGUCUGUCUUCAAAUUCUUACUGUGACUGACGGCAAAUCUGCUCAGUGUUUCUGCAUUACAUAAGAAAGCAACUAUAUUGUCAGCAUUUCCUGAAAUACCCUACAAAGUGCACCAGUGCGUGAUGUAACUUGAUGUCCUAUGAUCCCCUUAGAGGAAGGACAGCUUUCAUUCUCCCAAAUGUUUAAUCUUUUCAGGGGAAAAGAAAUUUAAUUUUGGUAACUGGGAGGAAGAUGAGUAAAGAUGAAUAGUGUAACUGUCAGGCCAGGAGGGACUGAGCAAAGGACUCUUUUGCAUCUGAAUUGUGCUAGCAGUGUGGCCUUAUUUCUGCACUGGAGAAUAUUUCUCCCCAGUUCUUAGUCCAACUUAACACAUUGGUGAACAGCCUGGAGGGAUGUAAACACGGUAGAUCCAGUCUUCUGUGUCAAAUAUACCCUGAUGAAAGGCUUUCUUAAAAAAAAAAAAUAAAAAAAAAGAAACAAAAA